GCGAUGAUGAUUUUCUCACUGGUCAUCGGGACAACCGGCGCAUACAAGGUUGGCGUAGGACGAGCUGAUUGCACGGGGCCUUCGGUGGAAAUAACGUUUAUGGGAUAUGCUCAGCUAACGCAGCGUGGAACCGGCAUUCAUCUGCGUCAAUAUGCGCGUUCCUUCGUUGUGGAGGACGAAGAAGGCGCACGUGUGGUGUUUGUCAGUGUAGAUGCCGGUAUGAUGGGUCAUGCAGUGAAACGAGACGUGCUAGCUGUGUUGCAGAAGAAGUAUGGCGAACUGUACACGCACGAGAACGUCGUCAUUAGUGGGACACACACCCACUCUACUCCGGGCGGGUUCUUGAUGUACUUGCUGUAUGAUCUAACCUCGCUUGGAUUCGUCCCAGAGACGUUCAACGCGCUCGUCCACGGUAUCGCACAGAGCGUCAUUCGCGCGCAUAAUAACAUGGUUGAUGCGCGCAUUUACGUCGCAGAAACAGAAGUGUUGGACGCCAACAUCAACCGUAGUCCCAGUGCGUAUGAGAACAACCCAGAAGAGGAGCGCGCUCAGUAUCAGUACAACGUGGAGAAGACGCUUGUACAGCUGCAGUUCGUACACGCUCGUGAUGGGGCACCAUUUGGAGCGAUCAAUUGGUUUGCCGUUCAUCCCACAUCGAUGAACAACACCAACCGGCUUGUAUCGAGUGACAACGUUGGUUUGGCUGCGGUAUUGCUCGAACAGGAGAUGAACCCAGGUGCGAUGGUUGGUAAAGGCGACUUUGUGGGUGCUUUUGCGUCCAGUAAUUUGGGCGAUUCUUCUCCGAAUAUAAACGGACCAAAGUGUGAAAAGACCGGGUUGCCGUGUGACGUUCUCACCUCAUCCUGUCCGUCUGGAGCUGGAGCCUGUUUUGCAUCCGGUCCAGGUCGCGACAUGUUCGAGAGCACGGAGAUCAUCGCAGGACGUCUCCACAAAGCUGCAUCAGGUCUGCUCAGCUCGCGUGGUAGCGAAGCCCGUGAAGUAACAGGACCAGUUGGGUUUAUGCACCAGUACGUGGACAUGACUACGGCUGAAACUGUGCACUUCGAUAGAACAACACGUAGUGCAGUGAGAGUAAGAGGUUGUCUGCCUGCGAUGGGCUACAGCUUUGCGGCUGGUACUACAGAUGGACCAGGUGCGUUUGACUUCCAACAAGGCACCAUCACCGACAACGUGUUGUGGAAUGCAGUACGUGACUUCAUCGCUGAACCGACACAGGACGACAAGGACUGUCAGGCACCAAAGCCUAUACUGCUUGCGACAGGACGGGCUCGCUUUCCUUACGACUGGCAGCCAAAGGUCGUGCCCACUCAAUUGCUGGUGGUGGGUGACUUCGCAAUGGCGGCAGUACCGGGAGAAUUCACCACAAUGGCUGGACGUAGGCUCCGAAACGCAGUAUCGCGGGCUUCGGUAGCUGCCGGAGGACGCGAUCUGCAGGUCGUAGUGGCUGGGUUGUCAAACAUGUACACGAGCUAUAUAACAACACCGGAAGAGUAUGAAAUCCAGCGUUAUGAAGGAGCCUCAACUCUGUACGGGCCACACACGUUGACGUUGUAUUUGGAGCAAUAUAAGCGACUAGUGGGAGCUCUAGUGCGAAAUGAAUCGCUUCCGGCUGGCCCAACACCUCCGUACGAAGACGACAAGCAGAUAUCGCUCACCACAGGUGUUAUCUUCGAUUCACAUCCACUUGGAAAAGACUUUGGAGAGGUGAAGGUGCAACCCGAGCCGACGUACGAAAGAGGUUCGACGGUCAGUGUAGUUUUCAUUUCAGGAAAUCCUCGCAAUAAUCUGAUGCACGACAAGAGCUUUUUCACAGUUGAACAGCUGCAAUCGGACGGUAACUGGAACGUUAUCGCUACCGAUGCCAACUGGGAGACAAGGUUUCGAUGGGAACGGACUUCCACUAUAUUGGGCUUCAGUGAUAUUGAGUUUAGCUGGACGAUUCCUUCCAACACGCCAAAGGGAACAUACCGAAUCCGGCAUUUUGGGUACUACCGUUACAUUCUUGGCGGCGUUUAUCCCUACGUCGGUGUGACUAGCACCUUUUCUGUCAACUAAUGAAACUGAGGCAAAAAUGUUAUAAUGUCGCCAUAUUGGAAUGAAAUAUCUGGAUGGGUGGGGUUUUAAACAGCAAAGAAACAAAAGCAUACUAUUUAGAGAAUAUGUAACAAAAGGAGUUCUGCGAACGGGGCCGUUUGUCUGCCGUCUUCGUGGCUGGAGAUGUGAUCAAAUUUGAUUUUAGAUACACGCUGUAUCACUACUAUAACAUAGGAAUUAUUACAGCAUUAGUAAUCGCUCGUGGAAGGUUUAUGAAUUCCACGUCAUUAGAGUUGUUCACAUCAACGUUACAAUCGUAGCUUAUUAUAAUGAAGGAUACGAUGGGAUAAAAUAUGAGUCGAAAGGUUCCCCAGUGAGUGUGUGGAGGAGACAAGGAGACAAGCGACAGCGAAAACAAAAGCAUUCCAUACCUAUUUUGCAACCAAAUAGACUAGUCACUGUACGUUUGCGAUUAGUUAGAAGUUAUUCACCGAUUUUGAAUUUUAAAUAAAACCCAAUAAA